GGGGAAUCGCGUAAUGGCGGACGCGGGCCGGGCGAGCUCGGCUGGGGGCGUAGCGCGCUGAGGGGGGUCAGGUUGUGUGGCAGCGCGCGACGCGGCCCGCGGGAACAGACCCCGUGUGGAGACGGGCGUCCGGCCGGCCCCUCUACCUCCGAGGGUGACCGCGCGAGACCAGGUUGUUUUUCAUCAUUCAGAACAUUGCCUGAAGCAGGUCCACCAUGCCGUUAGUAACGAGGAACAUCGAGCCAAGGCACCUGUGCCGUCAGACGUUGCCUAGCGUUAGAAGCGAGCUGGAAUGCAUGACCAACAUCACCCUGGCAAAUGUCAUCCGACAGCUGGGCAGCCUGAGUAAAUAUGCAGAGGACAUUUUUGGAGAGCUCUUUACUCAGGCAAAUACCUUUGCCUCUCGGGUAAGCUCACUUGCUGAGAGGGUUGACCGCCUCCAAGUGAAAGUCACUCAGCUGGAUCCCAAGGAAGAAGAAGUGUCACUACAAGGAAUCAACACCCGAAAGGCCUUCAGAAGCUCUACCAUUCAAGACCAAAAGCUUUUUGACAGAAACUCUCUCCCAGUACCUGUCUUGGAAACAUACAAUACCUGUGAUACUCCUCCACCUCUCAACAAUCUUACCCCUUACAGGGACGAUGGGAAAGAGGCACUCAAAUUCUACACAGACCCUUCGUACUUCUUUGAUCUUUGGAAGGAGAAGAUGCUGCAGGACACCAAGGAUAUCAUGAAAGAGAAGAGAAAGCAUAGGAAAGAAAAGAAAGAUAACCCCAAUCGAGGGAAUGUAAACCCACGUAAAAUCAAGACACGGAAGGAAGAGUGGGAGAAAAUGAAGAUGGGACAAGAAUUUGUGGAAUCCAAAGAAAAGCUGGGGCCUUCUGGGUACCUGCCCACCUACCAGAAUGGCAGUAUUGGCUCUGCUGAAAACAUGGAUGCAGGCAGUUACCCACCACCACCACAGUCAGACUCCAUUUCUCCACCGUCUCCUUCCUUCUCUGAGGACAGCUUGCCUCCCCCUCCAGCAGAAUUCAGCUACACGGGAGACAACCAAAGAGGGUCUGGCUUGGUUGGACCCAAAAGAUCCAGUGUGGUCAGCCCAAGUCAUCCACCACCAGCUCCUCCUCUGACCUCUCCUCCAGGCCCCAAACCUGGGUUUGCCCCACCACCUGCCCCUCCACCUCCACCCCCAAUGGUGGGCGUCCCACCACCGCCACCACCUGGCGGAUUUGGGUCUCCAGGGACCCCACCACCACCUUCACCCCCGUCCUUCCCACCUCACCCUGAUUUUGCUGCCCCUCCCCCUCCUCCCCCGCCACCUGCAGCUGACUAUCCCACCCUGCCACCUCCUCCCUUGUCCCAGUCACUGGGAGGAGCCCCUCCCCCCCCUCCUCCUCCCCCUCCUCCGGGACCCCCUCCUGUCCCUUUCAGUGGUGCAGAUGGCCAACCUGCUGCACCACCACCCCCACUUUCGGAUGCCACCAAACCCAAGUCGUCCUUGCCGCCUGUGAGUGAUGCUCGCAGCGACUUGCUUUCAGCCAUUCGUCAAGGCUUUCAGCUGCGCAAGGUGGAGGAGCAGCGGGAACAAGAAAAACGGGAUGUCGUGGGCAACGAUGUGGCCACCAUCUUGUCACGGCGCAUUGCUGUCGAGUACAGCGACUCAGAAGACGACUCCUCCGAGUUUGAUGAGGACGACUGGUCGGAUUAGCUCUUCCUGCCGCUGCCCACCUCCUUUUCGUUGCUUUCCUGCCUGCCUUCUUUGAUGCCUACCCCAACAAUCCCAUGAGGGGGGAAAAACGAAUUUCAAGGGGCCAAAGCCUUCCCUGAAGCAACCAAAGAUCUAUCCAAGUGCUUCCUCCAAAUCACAUGUAUUUCCCGUCUCCCCAGAGUCGGCCGGUGGGGCUCCAGAGGCGCCGGAGCUGCAGUGCUCCCUUCCCUUCAAGUGACUGUUGCGUAUUGAAUAGUGGGGGAAACCCCAAGCACAUCCUUUUGAUUGGGUUUAAAUUGGAGUUGUGCCUUCCCCAAGGACCCAUUUUCCACUGCGGUCUUCUCUCCAAAUCUUUGCCCUCGCCUACUU